AUGAGAUGUUUUAGAACAGCAACUGCUUUUGUGGUCUACUGCAGGUGCUUUGACAGCUCUUCAAGGUUUGGGAAGGAGCUUGGGUUUGGCCACAAAAUGCGUGAUAUUCCAGUUCUCACGGGUAACCCACGUCCCGUUGCCAAAGAGGAUGAUUGGCGUUGUUCUUACAAGCUCACAGAUCGAAUGGAAGAUGUAGUUAGAGAUAUUCUAAAGAAGAAUGGUUGGAGUGACACCGAAAUACAGCGAGAGAUGGAACAGAUAUUUGAGCGAAAAGAGAUGGGUUCUCGUUCGUCAUUAAACACAUGGUCAACUGUGGAGGAGUUCCAACGAACUCCUUGGUAUCGUCGAUACAAGCCAACAGAUACCUGUGCGGCCAAAUACAUUUCCUAUGAAGUGAUAAAAUUGCUGGAAAAUGCACUUAUUGCCCCAUCACUAAGGUCCGAUCCAUAUGCUCAUCUGCGCAAACGACACAUGGAAGAUAACUGGAUGAAUGAUAGAUUUUCAGAAGAAACUGCAAAAUAUGUAAGACGUGAACAGUUGGCCAAACAAACUAAAGGUCUUCCAGGAUAUGGACAGAUAACAAGACGCAAAUUUUUAGAAUUUGAUCGGAAAUUUAAAGCUUCUUAUGGUGCAAAACAGCACAUAAAUGAGUCAUACUCUGCCUGGUUGCAAUCUUUAGGCGAUAAGUGA